AUGUUAAUAAUUAAAGGUUUCAAGAACUCAUCAGCUGAUUCUAGUUUAUUUGUUUUUAAACAAGGCACAUCAGUAGUAUAUGUACUCAUAUACGUUGAUGACAUAUUGCUCACAAGGUUGGAUUCUAAUUUUAUUAGAAGGCUAAUAACUGAUCUGAAUGAUAAAUUUGCACUGAAAGAUAUGGGUGAAUUGGAUUUUUUCUUGGGUCUGGACGCAAAGAGAAGUCAAAAAGGUUUGCUACUGAGCCAAACAAAAUAUGCUUCUGAUCUCUUGCAUAGGGUGAACAUGCAGGAUUGCAAAUUUGUUUCCACACCAAUGGUCAUAGGUAGUAAAUUGUUUCCUGGAGAUAGUCCUGUAUUUGAUAAGCCAAUGAUGAAUAGAAGUGUUCUUGGUGCACUGCAAUAUCUGACCCUUACUAGACCUGAUCUUUCUUAUGCAAUAAAUAAGCUAAGUCAGUUCUUGAAUGAGCCAACACAACUUCAAUGGCAGGCAAUAAAAAGAGCGUUGUGA